AUGGCGAUCGGUAGCACGGGCAAGGCCCUCAUCGGGAUAGGAGCGCUUCUAGUAGUUCUCAACACUGUUUUCGUUGGCCUGCGCCUCUACACCCGAGUAGCCAUCGCAAGGACCUUCAAGCCCAACGAUGGGUUGCUAUUAACCGCAUGGGCCGCGUUUGGAGCGCUCUACGGUCUAGCGAUUAUGGGAGUCUUGGGUGGCAUCGGUGGAUCACUUGCGGACGCUUUCAGCAAUGGCACAAGUGGAAUCACGCAAGCGCUCAAGGCGCUGUUCUUCCUGGAAAUCAUCUAUGUUGUCCUCACAUCCGCCAUGAAGGGCAGCAUUGCGAUGACGUUCAUCCAUCUGUCGCGCUCAAAAGUUCUCAACAUUCUCUUCUGGACUUCCAUCGGCAUGGACGUAGCCAUCAGUCUCGCCUUCAUCAUUUACCUGCUUGUCCAAUGCAAGCCGAUCGACAAGGCGUGGAACUUGCUCGACCCUUCCGUAAAGGGAGAGUGCUUGCCGCUUGUCGGACAGCUGUACAUGGGCUACGCAUUGUCCAUCGUCACAGCAAUCUUGGAUAUCCUCCUUAUGGUGUCCCCGUUCAUCAUGAUGAGAGGAAGAGGCCUGAACUCGAGGCUGAAGAUGUACAUCUACGGCAUCUUUGGUUUGGGAAUUCUCGCGACAAUCGCGAACGUCAUCCGCUUGAUCGCACUCAUCAAAUUGAAGGGCUCCGAUGACCAGCUUCUGGAUGCGGCGCCUGUAUUCACCUGGUCUGCCAUUGAGGUCAGCAUCGGUAUCAUCAUCGCCGGAUUGAUCGAGCUCGGCCCGCUUGCCGCCAAGUACGGAGUGAAGGGAUUCGAAUCAUUUGCUCCAUCAAAGCCUAUCAGUGACGAUUACGAAAUGUCCACUGGGAAAUUGUAA